GAAGAUUUUUUGCUUUAAGGCAACAAGAAAGGCUGUCUGUAAAGCGAAGCUUGGGAGAACAUAAAAUCUGCCAGUUGGAUAGCUGUGGGAACUGCAUUGUCUGGCUUCAUGAUUCCCGCUGUGUAGCAGUCUCAUCCCUUCUCUGAUAGAUUCCCUCUAUCUCUCUCCCUUUUAACCCAUCCUCUGAAGCAUCUGGAGCCAGCCAUGUUUGGCACCGAGUCGUCAUUGAGUAUGUUUUUGAACACAUUAACACCCAAAUUCUACGUUGCCUUGACAGGCACUUCUUCGUUAAUCUCAGGGCUUAUUUUGAUAUUUGAAUGGUGGUAUUUUCGAAAGUAUGGAACAUCCUUCAUCGAGCAAGUCUCUGUGAGUCACUUGCGCCCUCUGCUGGGUGGGGUGGACAACAAUUCUCCCAGUAACUCAAAUGCAACCAAUGGGGACUCAGAUUCAAACAGACAGAGUGUUUCAGAAUGUAAAGUCUGGCGAAAUCCCCUAAAUCUGUUUAGAGGAGCUGAAUAUAACCGAUACACCUGGGUGACUGGAAGAGAACCAUUGACAUAUUACGAUAUGAAUCUUUCAGCACAAGAUCAUCAAACGUUUUUCACAUGUGAUACUGACCAUUUAAGGCCUGCAGAUGCCAUAAUGCAAAAGGCUUGGAGAGAAAGAAACCCACAAGCCAGAAUUUCUGCAGCGCAUGAAGCUUUAGAGUUAAAUGAGUGUGCCACUGCUUAUAUUCUCUUGGCAGAAGAGGAAGCAACAACUAUUGUGGAAGCAGAAAAACUGUUUAAACAGGCCCUGAAAGCAGGUGAAGGCUGCUACAGGCGUAGCCAACAAUUACAGCACCAUGGUACCCAAUAUGAAGCUCAGCACAGACGGGACACUAAUGUAUUAGUCUACAUUAAAAGGAGGCUGGCAAUGUGUGCAAGAAAACUGGGGAAAACCAGGGAAGCUGUGAAAAUGAUGAGAGAUUUGAUGAAGGAAUUCCCGCUUCUUAGCAUGUUCAACAUCCACGAAAAUUUGCUAGAAGCUUUGCUGGAGUUACAAGCCUAUGCAGAUGUCCAAGCUGUUUUAGCAAAAUAUGAUGAUAUAAGUUUACCAAAAUCAGCAACAAUAUGCUACACAGCUGCCCUUCUCAAAGCCAGAGCUGUCUCUGACAAAUUUUCUCCAGAGGCAGCUUCAAGAAGAGGUCUCAGCACAGCAGAAAUGAAUGCAGUGGAAGCUAUUCAUCGAGCAGUGGAAUUUAAUCCACAUGUGCCAAAAUAUCUUCUAGAAAUGAAAAGCUUAAUAUUACCCCCUGAACAUAUUUUGAAGCGAGGUGACAGUGAAGCAAUUGCGUAUGCUUUCUUUCAUCUUCAGCAUUGGAAAAGAGUUGAGGGCGCUCUGAAUCUCUUACAUUGUACGUGGGAAGGCACUUUCAGAAUGAUUCCUUAUCCUUUGGAAAAAGGGCACCUUUUUUAUCCUUAUCCCAUUUGUACCGAAACAGCAGAUAGAGAACUUCUCCCGUCGUUUCACGAAGUCUCGGUUUACCCCAAGAAAGAACUUCCAUUCUUUAUUCUGUUCACUGCCGGACUAUGUUCUUUCACAGCUAUGUUGGCCCUUCUGACGCAUCAGUUCCCAGAACUAAUGGGCGUGUUUGCAAAAGCAUUUCUUAGUACUCUCUUUGCUCCUUUGAACUUUGUGAUGGAAAAAGUGGAAAGCAUCCUGCCCUCCAGUCUCUGGCAUCAGCUAACAAGGAUCUGAAGGAAAACAGUUCUUCAAUGACUGCCGUAUUUUCUGUGCCAACUCCCUGUUGACUACCAGAAAGCAUGAUUUCUCUUUUAGGAGAGAACCCGUUUUAAGCUCUUCAUAAAUUGUCUGUUAUCAUACAUUUUUGUUGUACAAAAUACAUUGAUGUUUGAUUCUAUUUUGCUUUCAAAAACAAAAAACAACAACAAAAAAAAAUAAACUUUUGUG